CAUACGCGCGCUCGCAUGGCCGCUACACAGGCCGACGGCUCUGACCACAAAGACUUUGUGCCUCCAGACGGAUCAUGGCACAGCAUCAUUGCGCCUGACAGUGAAUUUCCUCCCGAGGCCGGGCGCUACCAUCUCUACAUAGGCUUAUUCUGCCCGUUCGCUCACCGAGCUAACCUUGUGCGGCAUCUGAAGGGCCUCACAUCUCUGAUAGAUGUGUCCGUAGUAAAGCCCUAUCCCAAAGGCGAUGAAAAGGGCUGGCCUGGCUGGUGCUUCCCCAAAUCGGAGGAUGAAUACCCCGGUGCAACGCCGGAUAAGUUGUUCGGGAGCGAAUAUCUCCACGAGGUUUACUUCAGAAGCAAUGAACAGUAUAAGGGGCGGUACAGCGUGCCCGUCCUUUGGGAUACCAAGAAGGGCGUAAUCGUCAACAACGAAAGCCCUGAGAUCCUCCGGUUCCUGCAAACGGCAUUUGACAACCUGCUCCCGGAGCCCUAUCGAUCUGUGUCCUUCUAUCCUGAGCAUCUUCGCAGUGCUAUCGACGAGAUCUCAACGUGGAUGCAGCGCGAUCUGAACACGGGGGUGUACAAAGCCGGGUUCUCGUCCACGCAGGAGGGAUACGACAGGAACGUCGUCCCAGUGUUCGAGGCGCUCAACAAGCUCGAGAAACUUGCGUACGAGAACGGUGGGCCGUACGUGCUCGGGAAGGAGCUGACGGAGGUGGACCUGCGGCUCUAUCCAACGCUGAUCCGAUUUGAUACGGUGUACGUUCAGCACUUCAAGUGCAACCUCGGGACUAUCCGACACAACUACCCUGUUCUCAACAAUUGGAUGAAGAACCUCUACUGGAACGUGCGUGGAUUCAAAGAGACGACGGACUUCAAGCACAUCAAGGAGAAUUACACUAAAAGUCACUACGACAUCAAUCCGAAAGCCAUCACACCUAUGGGCCCGAUUCCCGACAUAGAGGAGGGCUACGAAGCCAACUGGAGCAAGAUCACACCCGGCGGGGUUCAUCUGGCCGCAUAGCAGUCCAUCAGGACUGAGUGAAAUGCAUGAUAUUGUUCGUUUGGAUUCGGUCACCAUUUCGAGUACGGGAGGAAUUUGCCAUCAAAAGUCAAGAGGACACGAUCGCCCUUGGGAUGCUCUUUCUUCUGUACGGUUACGCUGCAGUCGAUCAUCGACAUGAUGCCGUCACCGAACUUCUCAUGAAUAACUGCCUUGAUCGCCUGACCGUAUACCAGCACGCCCUCGUACAAACGAUACAGCACCGGGUCCUGUGGCGGCGUCGGUCCAAUGCCCCUCUGCAGCCAUACCGACGGACCGAGCUCCCUCUGCAAGCCGGAUAGCGGGACCUCGAGGACCUGCGAGAGCUUUUCAAGAUCCGAGGGCUCAAACCGCGCCUGACCGUAGAAAGCGGCAGCGAUCCACACUUCGUCCCGCCCGAUGGCCUUUCCAAGCUGAUCGAAAGUGAGACCUUUCGCAGCUUUCGCCUCGAGGAGCGUUGAGUAGAUCGAAGGGAUCGAUGCAAUGGUCGUCAUGGUUAAGAAUCGGGAACCAAGCUAUGGAGAUUACAGUCCAACAAUGUGCCGAGCUACAUGUGCUGCCUGAGAGCAGUAUCGAA